AUGUAAGUUGAGAAUAAUGCAGAAGAAGAAAAAAAGAAAAAAGAGAACGAAGAAGAAUCAAAAGGAGUCGUGACAAUGAAACGCAGAUUGAUAGCCUCUUUUGAUCUUUUCUAAUUUAUGCCUGUUCCCAAAACUGAAAUGGUAUCUUCUAGAAGAAGCUUAUAUGGAAGUCUUUUGAUGAUAGGAUGUUUUUUAGCCUAUUUUAUUUAUACUCUCGUCGGUACUUAUAAAGAUUGAGCUUUUAGCAUUUAUUACAAACAACAGUCCAACAGUAAAUUAGUACGAAGAAAUCCUGGACGCCGUAAAUGUAACAUUACCAGACAUAGCUUUUGGAUACUUUUUUGGAGAUCCGUAUAUAUUAUUUUGAAAUCUAUGUUAGGUUCACAAAAACCAUAAAUGACCCUUCAAUCUUCUAUUUUGAGAUGUUUUAAGUUACUAAAUUCUAAGAAGUCUCGAAAAAAGAUGUAAAAACUUAAAUCCCGUUAAAAUCUUGCAAUCCUGAUUGGGUCCCAGCUUCUAAUUUUACUAUUCUUUGCCCAAAGUACAAAUUAUUAUAUACAUUUAAGUGAGUCUGGAAAUAUGUCAGGAGCUCUAUAUCAAACUCCCGAGUUUACUUAUCCAAGAAUUUAAGUGAAUUAUUGCACUUAAGGAGGCAACGUAUCCUGUAUCAGUUAGUAAGAAAUUGCAUAGAUUGCAGCUGGGUAUAGUUUAUCAUUCUAAUUUACAAAGUGGAAGAAUUUUAUUGUACGUUCGGGACAAUUCUCCAAACUUCGAUCUUACAACUGGACAGUCUGUAGACAGUGUGCCCUAUUCUACUUAUUAAUACUUUCUAAUGCCUGGAUUAUACCCUAGAACUGAAAUUUUCUUCUAACUUGAAAAGUAUACAAUUAAACCGGAUUUCUUGAGAAGAUGGCAAGAUGAUGUUAGAAUGUUUUUGAGUACAUAAAAAAUCAACAGUUGGAUUACUAAUGUAAGUGUGUACAAUACUUACAAUGCGUAUCAAAUAGGAUUUCGGACAGAAUUGGUAUCAAAAAUUAUAUUAAUUUUAGACAUAAUAAAUCUCUGUUUUAACUUAUUAAACAUCCUUUGAUAUGAUUUCAAUAGUGGGUGCAUUUUGGGGAGUUUUGUAUUUAAAUAAUUUCUAUAUAUUAGAUUCUCAACUUUUGCAGCAUAUUUUUUGGUUUAUAAUUAAAAUACCUUCUAUAGAGAGAAUAGAUAAUGGGAAGAUUUUGGUAAAAAGAUUGGUGUCAGAAAAGCAGCUGAUGUCUUUAAUUUAACCGAAGAAGCUCCACAUUCAAAAGUAAAUGAUUCCAUUGUCUUUGAAAUGACAGAAAUUCAUCAAGAGAAUAACCAUUCUUAAAAUGAACAGAAUGGAGUUUGA